UAAUGAAUCAGUGGAAAUUUGUUCGUAAUGCUGUUGGAUUGUUUGGUUCUGCAGUUCAUGAAGGAUAAACAAAAACAGGAACAGAAUUGGCACCUAGAUCACUCAGAGAAGGUGGUCUCAUAUCAGCCUUAUAUAAUUUGGGCUGGGAAAUUAAUGAUAUGGGAGAUAUCUAAGGUAAAAAUUACAGACUUCACAAUACCAAAAGUCAAUCGUUUCGUAAUAGUCUAUAAUUAGGUGUUAUCAAUGGAGAAAUUAACAAAAGAUCAUAUGAUAUUGCUAAACAAGAUAAGUUUAUGUUAAAUAUAGGAGGAGAUCAUAGUGUAGCUAGUGGAUCAAUCCAUGGUUUAUUAUAACAUUAUGGAGAUGAUUUAAGAGUUGUUUGGGUUGAUGCUCAUGCUGAUUGCAAUUAUCAACUUGGACCAAAUAGAAAUUAUCAUGGAAUGCCAUUAGCUCAUUUAUAUGGAUCCAUUUAAGAACCAGUUAAAGGUUUUGAAUGGUUAAAACACAGAUUGGAUCCAAAAAACAUUACAUAUGUUGGUAUUCGAGAUAUAGAUCCAAUGGAAAGAGAAUUUAUACGUGAUUAGAAAAUAGUAUAUUAUGGAAUGGAUGAAAUCAUAGAAUUGGGAAUAGGAUAAGUAAUGAAUAGAAUUCUUAAGCAAUUUGAAGGAAAACCUAUUCAUGUCAGUUUCGAUGUUGAUUCAAUAGAUCCUGAAUUUGCACAUGGAACAGGUACACUUGUAGAUGGAGGAAUCUCAUAUAGAGAAGCUCACUAUUUACUUAGAAAAUUGGCAUCAUCAAAAUAAUUAGUAGGAAUGGAUUUGGUUGAAGUAAAUCCUUAAUUAGAAAAGACACCUGAAUUUAGAGAAGAGUUUUUCGGUGAUUUUUAAUAAGUAUGAUAAAUAACUAUAAUUAGAUUGGUAGAAUACAAGGAACAUAAACUGUGGCUUUAGGAAUUGAACUAAUAGCUUCUGCAUUAGGUAGAACACUUGUCUUAUGAUUAUUGUAUGU